GUUCCAAAAUAGUAACUGAACAUCGGGCCAAAAGUUCCGGUUAUCUCUUCGUCAACAUAUUCAAGUAGUAGUGCUCUUGCUUAGAAGCGGCUUGACUUCUUCAAGCUUUUCUCUAAUGGCGUCGAUGGGCAGAUCCAAGAGCCUUCUGUUUCUCUCUCUUCACCUUUGUUUAUCCCUAAUUCUACCUUCCUCAUUGGCUUUCUCAUCUGGGACGAAUGAUGGAUUCACCAUUACUGGUCGUGUAAAAAUCCCAAAUUUUGGCGCUAGAGAUUAUGGUUUACCCGCAAAGAUAUCCAAUAUCAAAGUGUUACUCAAUGGUGGUGAAAGGGUCACAUUUUUGAGACCAGAUGGAUAUUUUUCAUUCCAUAAUGUGCCAGCCGGUACUCAUCUUAUCGAAGUGGCUGCAACCGGCUAUUUCUUUUCUCCGGUUCGUGUUGAUGUCAGUGCAAGAAACCCCGGAAAAGUUCAGGCUGCCCUGACCGAAACCAGAAGAGGUCUUACUGAAUUGGCUUUGGAGCCUCUAAGAGAAGAGUAUUAUUACGAGAAAAGGGAACCCUUUUCACCAUUGUCGCUUGUGAAGAGCCCCAUGGGUCUAAUGGUUGGCUUCAUGCUGCUCGUAGUUUUCGUGAUGCCCAAGCUCAUGGAAAACAUGGAUCCUGAAGAAAUGAGACAAGCUCAAGAGCAAAUGAGGAAUCAAGGAGUUCCCUCUUUGGCAAACUUUUUGGGUGGUGCUACUGCUCAAAGAAACUAACAUCAUAUUUAUUUUUUAUAUUUAUAUAGGACUCUAAAAUUAUCAAUAUUAUUUGAGAUGUAGGAAAGUACAGAUUUUAUUUCGUUUCCUUUUUGUUUAAAGAUUAUUCGUUAUUUGUUAUUUGUUUAACUGCUCGUAA